UGACAUGUAUACCAGUGCGGUGCAGCCAACCUCUGCCCCUCCUUACUGUUGAACUGAGAAAAAAAAUACAAAAAAAUUUUUCAGUUUCUCCGCCGUCAUUCUCACCCUAUCCUCGCCCACCGUUCGGAUCUCCGGCGGGUCUAUCUCUACUAUAUUCUCUCACAAAAUCAAAAAAAGUGCUUCGGUUAGGGUUUAGUUUAUCAGAGUUCAAUUUUUCUCUAUUUCAUCGGAAUUUUUAUCAUCAAUGGCGCAGAUUCAGGUGCAGCAUCAAACUCCUCCGGUUGCCGCUGGUCCGGCUACUCCCAACGGCGCCGCUGGCGGUGUGGCUCCGGCCCCGAACGCGAACUUCGUGACGACGUCGUUGUACGUUGGGGAUCUUGACCAGAAUGUCAACGAUUCGCAGCUCUACGAUCUGUUCAACCAGGUUGGACAAGUCGUUUCUGUUAGGGUUUGCAGGGACUUGACCACUCGCCGCUCACUCGGUUAUGGCUAUGUGAAUUUCAGCAACCCUCCUGAUGCUGCAAGGGCAUUGGAUGUGCUGAAUUUCACUCCACUGAACAACAGGCCUAUUAGGGUCAUGUAUUCCCAUCGGGAUCCUAGUAUCCGUAAGAGUGGUACUGCUAAUAUUUUUAUCAAGAAUUUGGACAAGGCAAUUGAUCACAAAGCGUUACAUGAUACUUUUUCUUCUUUUGGAAGUAUUCUUUCCUGCAAGAUUGCAACUGAUGCCUCGGGCCAGUCCAAAGGCUAUGGCUUUGUUCAGUUUGACACUGAGCAAUCUGCGCAGAAUGCGAUUGAUAAGUUGAAUGGCAUGCUGAUCAAUGAUAAGCAGGUUUACGUAGGUCAUUUCCUACGCAAGCAGGAUAGAGAUAAUGUUCUCUUUAAGUCAAAGUUCAAUAAUGUUUAUGUGAAGAACCUCUCGGAUUCAUUUACUGAUGAGGAGCUGAGGAAUGUUUUUGGAGAGCAUGGAACCAUUACCAGUGCUGUUGUAAUGAGAGAUGCUGAUGGUAGGUCAAAGUGUUUUGGGUUUGUCAAUUUUGAAAGCCCAGAUGAUGCUGCCAAAGCUGUUGAGGCACUGAAUGGGAAAAAGUUUGAUGACAAGGAGUGGUAUGUUGGAAAAGCCCAGAAGAAGUCUGAACGAGAGGUUGAACUGAAAGGAAAAUUCGAGCAGACUGUUAAGGAAACUGUUGAUAAGUACCAAGGUGUGAACUUGUAUCUGAAGAACUUGGAUGACUCCAUCACAGAUGAAAAUCUGAAAGAACUGUUCUCUGAGUUUGGUACAAUAACUUCAUUCAAGAUCAUGCGAGACCCAACCGGGAUAAGUAGAGGAUCGGGAUUUGUUGCAUUUUCAACUCCUGAGGAAGCAUCACGAGCUCUCGGUGAGAUGAAUGGCAAAAUGAUUUCCGGCAAGCCUCUGUAUGUUGCCCUUGCUCAGAGAAAAGAAGAUAGAAGAGCAAGAUUACAGGCACAAUUUUCACAGAUGAGGCCUGUUGCAAUUUCACCUUCUGUUGCGCCCCGCAUGCCAAUCUACCCUCCUGGUGCUCCUGGUCUAGGGCAACAAUAUUUGUAUGGGCAAGGCCCCCCAGCCAUGAUUCCUCAACAGGCUGGAUUCGGAUACCAGCAGCAACUCAUGCCUGGGAUGAGGCCUGGUGGCGCUCCAAUGCAGAGCUUCUUUGUUCCAAUGGUUCAGCAGGGCCAACAAGGCCAGCGCCCAGGAGGACGCCGAGCAGGUCAUGUUCAGCAACCCCAGCAGCCAAUGCCUAUGAUGCAGCAGCAGAUGCUUCCAAGGGGACGUGUUUAUCGUUACCCCCCUGGUCGCAACAUGCAAGACGGACCUAUGCAAGGUGUAGCUGGAGGAAUGAUGUCAGUCCCUUAUGACAUGGGUGGUCUUCCAAUCCGCGAUCCUGUGGGACAGCCGAUGCCCAUUCAGGCUUUGGCUACAGCUCUAGCAAAUGCUCCCCUUGAGCAACAGAGAACUAUGCUUGGUGAAGCUUUAUACCCGCUAGUUGAUCAGCUGGAACAUGAUUCAGCAGCUAAGGUUACAGGCAUGCUUUUGGAGAUGGACCAGCCUGAAGUGUUGCAUCUGAUUGAGUCACCUGAUGCUCUGAAGGCUAAAGUUGCUGAAGCCUUGGAUGUGUUGAGAAAUGUUGCUCAACAGCAAGCCAACAACCCGGCCGAUCAACUCGCAUCACUCUCUCUCAAUGACAAUCUUGCGUCUUAGAUUCUGUUAGUUAAACAUGAAUCCAAACUCUGGGUGAUUUUUUCUAUGUUAGUACUUAGUACUGUGAAAACUUGUUAUGUUUGAUGUUUUUAUGUUACAUUUUGGCUUGCUCUAGAAACUGCCCAACACUUAGAUUGAUUAUUUUAUGGAUUUAUGGUUUGCUUUA